AAAGCGGCUUGUUCCGGCUUGCCCCUUCACGUCUUUUUCAUUUAUCACUGCUCACGCCAUCAAAAUAGUGCCCGACGCCGACCAUCGCGCGCAAGCUUUUUUUUUUUUUUACCCUUCUAUUUAAUUUUUUUUUUAAAUUGAUCCCUCGCAGUCGCUCGGAGUGCGCGCGAGAUGCGCAUAUAGGCGGUGCGGCAGCUCUCCUCCCGUGCGGCCCCGGUCGUGAGUCGGAUGAGGCGCAGUUCGGGCGCCCGUCACCCGGCGGAGCGAUAUCAGCAUCUCCUCCCAGAGCCCGGUUCGUCUAAGCGAGAGCGCGCGCCGCACCGCACCUGAGUGAACGUCCACCGUCACGCGCCACCGAGAAGCGGGGCAGAGGAUCCAAACUGGACCCACAGACCGGCCUUUAAUGCGCUGAAAUGCAAAGCCAUUUAUUUCCCCGGGCUGGCUGCUGCAGUUGUUUUGCAGCUGAUGAAGAUUUUUUUUUUUUCUGAAUUCUUAUAUUGAUGCGCUUCGCUGGAUGGAUGUGUUUAUCCUGGUGCUCGUGGUGUAGUGCGUGAGUCGCCGUUGGCACUGGCAAGCGGGCGCUGUUGUCGGGGCUCGUUGGCAUGCGUGGCCCCUGAGCUCGCCGACGCCCCCCUCGGUGGUGCGCUGGCAGGAUGCCCGUGCAGGCGGCCCAGUGGACGGAGUUCCUGUCCUGUCCCAUCUGCUACAAUGAAUUUGACAGCAGCGGCCACCAGCCCAUCAGCCUGGGCUGCUCCCACACGGUGUGUAAGACCUGCCUACACAAACUGCACCGCAAGGCCUGCCCCUUCGAUCAGACGCCAAUCAGCACCGACAUCGACCUGCUGCCGGUCAACUGUGCCCUGCUGCAGCUGGUCGGAGCUCAGGUCCCGGACGUGCAACAGGUGAGCCUGAGCAGCGCAGCAGAAGUCGAGAACUACGAGGCGUGCAAGGUGUGCGUGGAAGAGCUGGCUGUCUACCUAAAACCCAUCAGCGGAGCGAAAGGCGUGGCGGCUCUGAAUCCCAGCGUGCUCAGUCGGCCAAUGCAGAGGAAGCUGGUGACCUUGGUGAACUGCCAGCUGGUGGAGGAAGAGGGCCGCGUGCGGGCGGUGCGGGCGGGCCGCUCGCUGGGGGAACGGACCGUAACCGAGCUCAUCCUGCAGCACCAGAACCCCCAGCAGCUCUCUGCCAACCUGUGGGCAGCGGUGAGGGCGCGGGGCUGCCAGUUCCUGGGACCCGCUAUGCAAGAAGAUGCUCUGAAGCUGGUUUUACUGGCUCUGGAGGACGGCUCAGCUUUGUCCAGGAAGGUGUUAGUUUUGUUCGUGGUCCAAAAGCUCGAGGCUCGGUUCCCCCAGGCCUCCAAAACCAGCAUAGGGCACGUGGUGCAGCUUCUCUACAGGGCCUCCUGCUUCAAGGUCACCAAGCGGGAUGAAGACUCCUCGCUGAUGCAGCUGAAAGAAGAGUUUCGAACGUAUGAGGCUCUCCGGAGGGAACAUGAUGCUCAGAUCGUCCACAUCGCCAUGGAGGCGGGCCUGCGGAUCUCCCCCGAGCAGUGGUCUUCUCUGUUGUACGGAGACCUGGUCCACAAGUCACAUAUGCAGUCCAUCAUUGACAAGUUGCAGUCUCCAGAGUCGUUCGCAAAGAGCGUCCAGGAGCUGACGAUUGUCCUGCAGAGGACGGGAGACCCGGCCAACCUCACGAGCCUGAGGCCACAUCUUGAGCUGCUGGCCAACUUAGACCACAACGCAGAUGCCCCGGCGCCGUCAUGGGAGGAGCUGGAAAGCGUGAUGCUGGCUGUGAAGUUGGUGGUUCAUGGACUCGUGGAAUUUAUACAGAACUUCAGCAAGAAGAGCCACGACGCUCCGCAGCCUCAGGCCAACAGCAAGUACAAGACCAGCAUGUGUCGAGAUCUUCGUCAGCAAGGAGGCUGUCCGAGAGGAACCAACUGUACCUUUGCACACACACAGGAUGAGCUUGAGAAGUUUAGACUGAGAAACAAGAAGAGCAGCAGCGUGGGCCGGCCGUUCCCGUUAGCGCCGGGGGUUAUGGGUAAAACCUUCACUAUGGAGGGCAGCGUCCACACAGACGUGUGUACAGAAAUGGGGCCGGGGCUCAAAAGCAACGGGGAGAACACAGACUCCCCGACAGAGGCAGUGUCCGACCUGACUCACCCCCAACUGAUCUCCAGAGGGGCCGACAUGAUGGAGGACACGAGUAGAGCGGCGCCGAAUGUAUCCAAUGCGGCCAACGGAUUCAACGGCAUGUCGACCCGAAACACAUCGGGGUCAACUGAACAGAAGCCCGUCUCCCCUCCCAGGACACCAGUCAGCCACUCUUCAGCGUCAUCUCCCUUGACAACAGUCGGGCGGGGUGAUGGGGGCGCUCCUACGCCCAAACAUGGUCAGUUCAUAGUGCGUGCACCACAUCCCUCUCAGGCGUCAGAGCUGUACUAUCAGGAGUCCCACUCCCAUGCAUACGACACGCCCCACUAUCAGCCAGCCUGUUCCUACUACCAAUCCACUCUUCACCCUCCUCACAAACCCUGCAUGGCUCGCUUCCUUCGAUCCUCCAACGUCCCAGAAUCCUCUCUGCCGCCCUCCGUUGGCCCUCUGUCGUCUUCCUACGCCGGUGACCCUCAGGCGCCCCACCCCACUUCCUCCUCUUCGUCCGGGUACCCGCCCAGGGAUCGGAUGGGAGCUCCUGCCUUCCAUCACCACCACCCGGGGCAGCCUCAAUACGGCCCUCUGACCUCUGCACACGGCGUUUACGCGCCGCUCUACGACAGCAGGAGAGUAUGGAGGCCUCAGCUGUACCACAGAGAGGAUGCCAGGAGUAACUCACUGCCUCCGGAGGUGCUGCAUUCCUCCGUCUACCAGCCUCCACUCAGGGAGAGAUUCAACUCUCUAGACAGCAACUACUGCUCUGCAGCUGAACACCGCGCAGGCCUAAACAGGGAUUAUGGCCGCGUUCCUCUCGGCUACGAGGAUCUGUUCAGAAGGAAGCAGGAGCAGUGGGCUCAUCAUCACCACCACCAUCAUAACGCCAACAGGCCCUCCCAGUCCUCCCCCGUCUUCACCAUCGAUUUUGCAACCGAGCAUGUGGAGAGCACCGGAGGCCAGUGUGUGGGGUGCAGGUUCAGAGGUGAGGAAAGCUUAGCGCACUACUCUCCGUGGUCCUGCGGGUCCAUCGGCACGUGUCUCAGCCCCUUCGAGCCCGAAACGCUCGCACACGCCUCAGCUCAGUCCUGCUCAGAGCACUCGGAGUUGGAUGGCGACGGGGGCGGGGGAGGUGGCGUCAGUAGUGUCGGGAAGCGGUGGCUGCAUUCGCUGGAUCAUUACCGGCGCUUGAAGGACGAGGAUCCCAUCAUUCCCUUCAGCGAGGGGCCCAUCAUCUCCAAGUGGGGGGCCAUAUCCAGGGCAUCUCGCACGGGCUACCACACCACCGAGCCCAUCCAAGCCAGGGCCUGCCAGGGCAGCGCCGGCACCACCCCCAUCAGCUUCAAAGAUUACAGCCACCACUUGGAUCACAGCGACUACAGGUGGAGCCCCAGAGGGUCAGACUCCUCCAGCCACUCCAGCUUCCUCGAGAGUGAGCAGCUUCACUGCCGCCGGACUUCGUUGAGCAGCGCGGAGAAAACGGCGUCUGAUCGGCAAGCUCCCGCGUCUGUCGCCUACAGCCGGGACAGUCGGGACCGGGCCGGAAGCGAACCGGACCCUGAGCGGGACAUUGAGCUCGAACUGUGCGCAUUUGACUUGGAGGAUUCAGACCACCACGAGAUCAAGUCUCAGGAGUCUUUAGACCUGGCCGCACCACAGUCUCAGGACGCUUCCCACCUGCUCCCCCCUCCCUCCCCUCCAGUGGAGGAGUAUCCACACACAGAGGGUCCUCUGACAGACAAGAUGGACGCUCACCUGCUGAAGAAGAUGGCCUUCAGGAGGUCUGUGUCUCCCGCAGGAGGUCAGGGUGUCGGCAGGCUUGUGCUGCGUACCGGACCUCCGCGACCGGGGGGGGACACUUCCACGCGGGCUUGUCCGGAAGCGCCCGGGACCGAAAUGUUGCUCAGCGGAAGCUAAGGGGGGAAACACAAAGUGAGAAUCCGACCCGCGAUAACUGAGAGCCGAGUCGCCUGCCUCCCAAUCGCCAAUCUACCGCUGCACACAGAAUGUAAUAAUUCAGUUGUUUAAACCCCCCAAAAAACACACGACCAGUUCCCCCUGACAGAAGAUGCUGAACAUCGUAGCCGUCUGGUUUACACGUUGUUUAGUUUAUUGUCAUUCAACCAAGCUCAGAGCAAAAGUUUAUUUGGGAGAAUAAGCGUUUCAUGCCACUUUUUAAGUAUAAUUUGCUAUUUUACUUUUUUAUGUAUAUCGUUCCCUUUAGUCAGUCUUUUUGUAGGUUGACAGCCCAAACUAAGAUGCCAACAGACCAAAUUUCGUCUCGGCCCCGACACGGUUGCAGUUGAGUACGCUGGAUAUUAAGUACAAGUACAGGAACAUUUUUCAUAAUGUGGUAAAUAUGAAUACGACACAUUUACUGAAUGUAAUUGCUCUGUAGCUCGCGUCUGUUAAGACAGGCGAAGGUUUAGAGACACUUAUCAAAGCACUCCUGACAUCCUAGAAAUAUAAAAACUACAGAAAACAGAGGUCUUCAUAUGUUAACCUCUGAAUUCUCCUGACUCGCAUGAGAUGAGAGACAGAACCCAACGGCUCAGUAAUCAAAACCAUUUGUCUGAGAUAAUUGAUCACUGGUCAAAACUAAGAUGUGUGUAUUUUUUGUCCAUACUACCUUUGCUGUAUUCUUGGGUGUACGCAGACCUAAAAAAUACCAAUUGCUAAUUUACAACAUGAAUUGUAUUUUCAGCUGGAGCGAAUUCAGUAGAUUUCUAUACCAGCCACUUGAACUCACUCAAUCAAUCUUAAAAGCGUUUCUUUCAUCUCUGUGUGCCUGCAGUGGUUCUUCUAGUUGAUCCUCCUCCAGACACUCUCGCUGGUCUCUCUCGGACACACACACACACACACACACACACACACACACACACACACACUCUCACCCACAGAAGAUACAAACAUGCAAGACAGUGGCCUUCCUCUUCCUCUUCGUCUCACACAGACCUAAACAUUGAUCUCUGAUCAGUGACAUGUGUCCAAGCCCACUGGUCCUUUUUCAUGUAAACCUGAUCUCACAAACUGGGAAUCACUUUUUCGUAAGCUCACAGCAUUUUCUGUGCUUUCCAGCGUGUUCACGUCCACGUCCACAGUGUAAUAUCUAGAAGUCACGCAUGAUAUUUCAGGUUAAAGCCUACACGAGUGAGCGACACCACUUCUUGUGUUUUGUCUUUGUUUAACUUUUUGAAAAUGACUGCUUUCUUUUAUUUGAUGCAUCGCUAACUUCUGUGAAGUUGUAUGUCGGGGUAUUUUGUAUUACGAUUUGUGUUACUCUUUGUAUUCUUUGCUACAUUUUAGAGACAAAAUUGAUUGUCUUGUGUUAUGUCACUAUGCUGUCUGGUUCAUUUUCUGCAGCUUUGCUUCACUUCCUUUUACACACAUGUGUGGCUUUGUUUUAAUGACUCAAAUAAAUAACAUGAAAAGCGGAAACUCAUUCUGAAUAUACAGGAUUUAAAAUCAUGUUUAUAUCCUACUCUGAAUCUUAUGAGAUUUGUGUAGAAUGAGAAGAGGAUGGCUGACGUGUAUUUAAAUGUUUACAGCUUCUGCCGUCAUUUCUUCUCAUUUAAACAACUGCACCUUUUUCCAAAAAUGAUCUUCUCAGACAGAUUUUACAUUAAAUCCUAUUUUAGAGGAUGGCAAAAUAGCUGUACAUGUGAAGGCUGCUUAUUGAGUUUCAAUUUAGAACUUUAUUUAAUCUGAAUGAUUAUUUAAACAUUGGGCUGGUAACCUGUUUAGGGUUUUUCUCUUUUUAAAAACUUGUGUUUUGUGGAGGUGAUUUCUGAGGAAGCGCUAGAACAGUGAUUAAGCUGCUCCAAAUCAUGCCAUCAGCUCAGCUACCUUACCCUCACUCUGCAUCUGUUUACAGCUUCAACCUUGAAGUCACGUGACGUUAAGUGCCAUUUAGUGUACAGUAUAUUCCGUACAUGCGAUUGUCGCCCGGCUUUUCAUAUUAUUCAACUGUGAACCGCGUGAGGAGGGAGAAGGCGUAGUCGAGGUGAGAAGUGAGAUACUUGUUAAGCAGUUCUGCUUUGUCCCACUAGAGGAGGCUAGAUGCUCACCCGUCUGAAUCGCUCAGGGAAGACUUAAGUUGCUCAGCUACUUUUUCCACAUCCGUCACUUAAAUAUUCUGUGGAAGUAUGUACCUGAAUUUCAGGUACAUACUUAAGAAACAACCCUUUCACCCAAAGCGUAACAGGUUAGAGAUUAUAUUGUUUGCCAAUGUUUACUUUGCCAGUGUUUUCUCUCUCAGUAUCAAUAUUGGCUUUGCUAUUCCUGUUUAAUGGGAAAGGGCUGGGCACUGCUGUACGUAAAAGCAGUAUUGUGAGUAUUGAACUAACACCGAGUGUCUACAAGGCACCUUUUUUGUGGCCAACGGCACUGAUUCCCACUCCGUCACUGCCAGCGGGUGCACUCUGCCCGCCCCCCACCCUCGAGCCCCCACCCUCCAUCAUCCUGGACAUCCCGUGUCAUGCAUGUGAUAUAGUCUCUCUUGUGAUGGCAAAGGAGUAUUGAUGAUUCUGUAGUUGUGAUACAACACACCCAGCGCUGUAAGAGUUCUGCACAUGCCCACUGUGUGGCCACGUCAAGUGCUGAAGUUUGCUUGCAACAUUUUACUCGUUUGUUCAUGAAAAUUCAUUCUUGUUUGAUAGGGAUUCUAUUGUUCUUACGAUUAUUAUUGUUACCACCACAUUGGGUUGUUGUCGUGGUAAUUUUCCUCUUUGGUAUAUUCUAAGACAGCUUAUUUGUUUUGAAUUUGAUAAUUUGCUGAAACUGUUUUUUAUUAGACCAGAAAGUGUCUCAUUAUUCUAUAUUAUAUGGGAAAAAGCCUAUUUGUUGAUUGUGAAUCAUAUGAUAAACUGAUGUUUUCUGACUAUUCAUGUCUGUAUUAGACAUUUUAUUUGCAAAAUCUAUUGUUCGAUUGAAACGUAAAUGAAUUAUUAAGAGAUGGUACACAUCUGUCAUUGUGUACAGUCCGGCACCAUCAUUGGAUGGACUUAAAGUAUUGACGCUCAUUUAUACAACCUGUAAUUGCCAGAUAUAUUUCAAUGUUUAAGUCUCUGGGCAGUUUUGUAAUGUUUCAGAAUGAGGAAAACAAAUUCCUCAGACAGCAUAUCUAAAAUGUUCCCAUGAUAAAUAAUACUGUUACGUAUUCCAUUUAUUUCCUUGGAAAUAUCACAUUGUGAAAGGUUUCCCUUUUACUGUCGUAAAUGCAGGACCGGAAUCGGUCAAAUCUAUGAUGAUAAUGAUUUAUGUGCUGUUGACAAAACCUUUUGAGAAUCCUUUGACUGACUGACUGAUUCUGUGAAUAUUCUGGUUUGUUUAUCUGUAUUGCACUGAUUUGCAGACAGCUUGGCCGAGCAGCAGAUGGAAUUAUUAAAAGGCACAUAAAAUUGCAUGCCACAAUAAACCAACAGCAAAUUAUGUUA